UCGCGACCGUUAGCUGGGGCGAAUGCGGUGGUACCGAAGAGGAGAAAAAAAAUCUGAACGUACCGGGUGAUGUGAAAAGUCACAAUACCACAUCAAAACCAGGGUUUCCGAUCGGAUGUUUAGACCAGUCGAGUGGAUAUGAAAGUGAACAUUUGUCAAAGGGUGAUGGGCACGUUUGAUUGGUGAUUGAGAGUUGGGCCAGUAAAUACUCGUGGAGCCUUGUCCUCAGUUGAUUGACAGCAGUAUCUCCGGUCCACCUCCCUCUGCGUGGCACUCUCUUCGCCACCUCCGAGUCUCCGAAACAAGAGCGUCACAGAGAGAUCGGACACCCCCACCACACACUUCCCAGCCAGACUCCCCCAGCACAUCGCCUCACCCUCACCUCCCCAAGAGGGAGCGAACAGCAGCCGCCAUGGUGCUGUCACAAAGACAGAGAGAUGAACUAAACCGGGCUAUAGCCGACUAUCUCCGUUCCAAUGGAUACGAGGAGGCCUAUUCCACCUUCAAGAAAGAGGCAGAGUUAGAUAUGAAUGAAGAGGGAGAUAAAAAGUAUGCGGGGCUGUUGGAAAAGAAGUGGACCUCAGUCAUCAGAUUACAGAAGAAGGUGAUGGAGUUGGAGUCAAAGUUGAAUGAGGCGAAGGAGGAGAUGACACAUGGAGGACCUGUGGGUCAAAAGAGAGACCCCAAGGAGUGGAUCCCCCGUCCCCCGGAGCGAUACGCCUUGAGUGGGCACCGCGCUCCGGUCACUCGUGUCAUAUUCCACCCCGUCUUCUCCGUCAUGGUCACUGCCUCCGAGGACGCUACCAUUAAGGUGUGGGACUACGAGGCAGGGGACUUUGAGCGAACCCUAAAGGGCCACACAGACUCCGUGCAGGACAUCUCCUUUGACCAGACAGGAAAACUGCUGGCUUCAUGUUCAGCUGACAUGAGCAUCAAACUUUGGGACUUCCAGGGGUUUGAGUGCAUCCGAACAAUGCAUGGUCACGAUCACAACGUGUCGUCUGUAGCCAUCAUGCCAAAUGGGGACCACAUAGUGUCUGCCUCCAGAGACAAAACCAUCAAGAUGUGGGAAGUGGCCACUGGGUACUGUGUGAAGACAUUUACAGGCCACAGGGAGUGGGUGAGGAUGGUGCGCCCCAACCAGGAUGGAUCGUUGAUCGCCAGCUGCUCCAACGACCAGACGGUGCGUGUCUGGGUGACCGCCUCCAAGGAGUGUAAAGCUGAGUUGCGGGAGCAUGAACACGUGGUAGAGUGUAUCGCCUGGGCCCCUGACAGUGCUCACCCCACCAUCCUGGAGGCCACAGGCUCCGAGAGCAAGAAGAGUGGAAAACCUGGCCCCUUCCUUCUCUCUGGAUCCAGAGAUAAAACAAUUAAGAUGUGGGAUGUCAGCAUUGGCAUCUGCCUUAUGACUCUGGUGGGACAUGACAACUGGGUGCGUGGGAUAUUGGUUCAUCCUGGAGGACGAUUCAUAGUGAGCUGUGCUGACGACAAAACCAUUAGGAUCUGGGACUACAAGAACAAACGCUGCAUGAAGACCCUGUGUGCCCAUGAACACUUUGUUACCUCACUGGAUUUCCACAAGACUGCUCCCUAUGUGGUGACGGGCAGUGUCGAUCAGACAGUCAAAGUCUGGGAGUGCCGCUGAGACUGCCUCCAUCUCUUGCCCUGUCCUGCACCCCCACCCACCCUCCAACUCCAAAAGCAGCCCUAAAGCCCAACCCUACCCCACCCAUGUCCUGCACCUCAGCCCAAUUCCUUCUGUUCUGACACCCAGCCCUUCACCUCUCGCACUCCAAACCAUAGUUGACCAUGCCCCCCCCCCAUCAGUCCAGUCCUAUUAAGAUGACUAUUGUCCUUUUUAUGUAAAUUAUUCUGGAUGUAGGGUACGCUUAAUAAAUGUCACGCAAUCUCUGACACAUAAACACACUCAAAAGAUAAGAAGUAUUCCUUGCAUGGUGAAUCAAAAAAAAAUUGUAUACUGUUAAAUUUGCCGAAUUUGCAUACUGUUGUCAUGACUUCCUGUGGGGUCAAAGGAUAAAUAUCCUUGUGUGCUGGCAGGUGGAUUCUGGUUAACGGACUGACUGCACCCCUUGCUGGAGGGGUUUAGGCUUUGUUUUGUUUUACUCCAUGCCUCUAUUCUUGUGGUCUGUCACUGUGUGGAUGGUGAUAAAGAAAAGUGUGAGGAAAGUAAGCAUACAAGAAAGAGAAUGAAUGGAAGCUGUCCAGGAGAAGAUAAGUUGAAGAAAGAAAUUAAGCAGGCUGCAGCUAUCUAGUCGAAUCGCACAAGGUUCUGCGGGCGAGUGCACGUGUACAUGUGUGUAUACAUAGUGUGUGUGUGUGUUUGUAUAUUAUGACAGGAGAAUCUCUCUGCCGUCUCUGCUCUGAUGGAGAGAGAGGAGGCAAAGCUUCUCACCCACUGUGUUUAUUCAUACUACUUCAUUUCUUUUAGCAAACUUGCUUUCUAGUAGACACUCACAGGACCUUAACGAUCCCUAAGCUGCUGAGGAGCACAGGCACACACCCCAUAGCAAAAAGUGUGUUUUACAGAGGAAAAAGUCAGCUCACCUUUUUAUGAGGUUUGUGUGUGUGUGUAUGUCAGCCCAGAGAAUCGCCCGGUGCCCUCUUGCUCACUAUCUCUGCCUUGUUAACCCAUUGAGGGCUCCCUCACACGGGAUUUUCAUUCUGCUUUCUGUGGUCUCACUGCUCUCUUUACACACACAUGCACACACACUCACAAAUGCACAUACACGCACAGUAAGAAUUGUGUAUCAAUAUAUCUGGAUGUCAUUGUUUGCAACAUAAUGAAAUAAAAUUCUGUAAAUAUAAGUUA